UCAUUCCCAACCAACCAAAAUACAUGUAGCUCGAAAGGAAAAAACAGUUGGGAUCAUCAAAACAUGGGAAUCCAUGCCUAUGCAAGAGCGCCUCCCUUAUCAUUGCCACCUUCACUAACCUCAACCAAAAACACAUCCCAAUUCAAGAUCCUCUCACCCAGAAACCACUCCCACUUAGUCCACCUCAAACCAAUCUCAGCUACACUAAAUUCGCCCAAAGGCUUUGGACCCGCAUCAAAGAAACCAAAAAAAUCCAAGAAACCAAACAAGAAAUACGAAAGCGAAGACGAAGAUGAAGAAGAAGAGGAAGAGGAGGAUGAGAGAGAGGAAGGGGUGAUUCCGGAGAUCGUGACGAAUAGGAUGAUGAGCAGAGUGGGGCUCACAGUUGGAAUCCCACUCUUCAUUGGACUGCUAUUCUUCCCAUUCUUCUACUAUCUGAAGGUUGGGUUGAAAAUCGAUGUCCCGACAUGGGUGCCCUUCAUCGUGUCGUUUGUCUUCUUCGGCACUGCGCUCUUGGGGAUCAGUUAUGGAAUUGUGUCCGCCAGUUGGGAUCCGUUGAGGGAAGGCUCACUCUUGGGCUGGAAUGAAGCUAAGAAGAAUUGGCCUGUUUUCUGGCAGUCCCUUCGUGGUGGUGGCAAGAAAUAAUACUCUCAUUCUGAUUUCUUCUCCAUUUUUCCAUAGUGUGUUUCUUUCAUAUUGUUAUCAUGUUUUGUUUGGGUGUAUUACAUACUCCUUGUUGACAGAGUAAGAUUAGGUGUGUUGCCAAAUGCAAUCAAUGACUUCCAUCAA